UUAGUAGGAACCCUUGCCUUUGACGAAUAUGGGCGCCCUGUCCUCAUUAUCAAGGACCAGGAACGUCAGACUUGUCUUAUGGGACUUGAGGCCCUCAAGUUUCAUAUAAUGACAGCAAAGGCUGUAGCAAAUAUAAUGAGAACAUCACUUGGACCAAAUGGCCUGGACGAGAUUUUGGUAGACAAGGAUGGAGAUGUGGCUGUUUGCAAUGAUGGUGCCACCAUUUUAAGCAUGAUGAAUGUUGACCAUCAGAUUGCCAAGUUGAUCGUUGAGCUCUCCAAGUGCCACGAUGAUGGGAUUGGAGAUGGGACCACAGGCGAGGUUGUCUUGGCUGGUGCCUUACUGGAAGAAGCCGAGCAGUUGCUCAGCUGGGGCAUUCAUACCAUCAGAAUCACCGAUGGCUAUGAUCAGGAUGCCCACAUUGCCAUUAAGCACCUGGACAAGAUCAGUGCCAGUGUCUUUGUGAGCACAAAGAAAACCGAAUCACUCUUUCAGAUGGCAAAAACUAUGUAGGGCUCCAAAGUGGUUAACAGAUGCCAUCGACAAAUGUCCAAGAUCUCUGUUGAUGUGGUCCUCAUGGUGGCUGACAUGGAGCAAAAAGAUGUGGACUUUGAGCUCAUCAAAGUGGAAGGCCAAGUGGGUGGGGGGCUGGAGGACACAAAGCUUAUUAAGGGCGUGAUCAUGAAUAAGGAUUUCAGUCACCCACAGAUGCCUAAGAAAGUGAAAAAUAUCAAGAUUGCCCUUCUCACUUAUCCAUUCGAACCACCUAAGCCAAAGACAAAGCACAAGCUGGAUGUGAUCUCGGUGGAGGACUACAAAGCCCUUCAGAAGUAUGAGAAGGAGAAGUUUCAAGAAAUGAUUCAGAAUAUUAAAAACACUGGUGCUAACCUCGCUAUUUGCCAAUGGGGCUUUGACGACCAAGCAAAUUAUCUACUUCAUCAGAACAGCCUGCGUGUACUUCUCUGGGUGGGAGGCACUGAGAUUGAGUUGACUGCCAUCGUGAUAGGAGGUCACAUUUUCACUUGGUUCCUAGAGCUCGCCACAGAGAAGCUGGGCUUUUCUGGUCUGGUGCAGGAGGACUCAUUUGGUAAUACAAAGGACAAGAUGCUGGUCAUCAAGCAGUGCAAGAACUCCAGGGCCCAUAGAGGAGGGAAUAAGAUGAUCAUUGAGGAAGCAAAACAAUCCCUUCAAGAUUCAUUGUGUGUCAUCUGGAACCUCACCCGGGAGAGCAAUGUGGUGUACAGUGGAGGCGCUGCAGAAAUAUCCUGUGUGCUGGCCAUGAACCAGGAGGCAGACCAGUGCCCAACCUUGGAGCAGUAUGCCAUGUGCACAUUAGCAGAUGAGCUCAAGUUCAUCUCCAUGGCCCUGGACGAGAACAGCGGAAUGAACCCCAUCCAGACCUUGACCGAGGUCCACAGAAGGCAGGUGAAGGAGGCCAACCCCAUGCUCAGCAUCGACUGUCUGCACAAGGGCACAAACGACAUAAAGCAACAUGUCAUAGAAACUUUGACUGGCAAACAGCAACGGAGCACUCUCACUAUGCAAAUAUUUAGAAUGACUUUGAAGAUUGACGACAUCCAUAAGCCUGGAGAAUGUGAAGAGUGA